AUUCUUACUCAACUUUAUUGAAACCAUUAGGUUACCAUUACUAUAAUUCUUUCAUCGAACUACUUGCCGUUUCGUAAUCUGUCAAUCACCAACGACCUGUCAUUGGAUUGGACACAAACUUAGCAACAAGGUCCUCUCCAAAUGGCGAUUUUCUUGAUGUUGGUUGGUUAGACGAUAUAACUGUUAACUGGACGCGGCUCUCGCUUGUUGUAAACUAUUCCGGAAAAAGCUUCUGUGCGUAACCACACCGCUACUGACAUCGCCAUGGAAACAUUAUCAACUAGCAACCACCGCCAACGGCAAAGCCACCACCUUGAAAACAUUCUCCGUACUUCCAAUUAUGCAAUAUCAUCUGCCCGCCUAUGCAGGUUAUAAAAGGUUCUUAUGGUCUAUCACAAAUGCAACAAAGAGAGGAACUAUAGCUUCUCUUUUGGCAAUCGUAUGGUAUAGUUUAAGAGGAAAGAAGAAGAGCAGUUCCUCAGGAAAGAAUUUCAAAAAUGAAAAUGUGAACAGCCUUGUAAAAGAUAUGUGCCAUUCUGAAAAAGUUGCAACCGCUGACAUAAUUAUUGUUGGUGCUGGUGUUGCUGGUUCAGCUCUUGCUCACACCCUUGGCAAAGAUGGAAGACAAGUUCAUGUAAUUGAAAGAGAUUUGACUGAGCCUGAUAGAAUUGUUGGUGAACUCUUGCAGCCUGGGGGCUAUCUGAAGCUGAUCGAGUUGGGUCUUGAGGAUUGUGUGGAACAAAUUGAUGCUCAAAAAGUAUUUGGGUAUGCUAUUUACAAGGAUGGAAAAAGCACUAAGCUAUCCUAUCCUCUACCAAGUUUUGAAACAAAUAUAGCUGGAAGAAGUUUUCACAAUGGGUGUUUUAUACAAAGAAUGCGCGAGAAAGCUGCAACUCUUCCCAGUGUGAAGUUAGAACAAGGAACGGUAACUUCUCUUUUGAAAGAAAAGGGAAUUGUUAAAGGAGUCCUAUACAAGACCAAAACCGGUCAAGAAUUGACAGCAAGUGCUCCCCUUACAAUAGUAUGUGAUGGUUGUUUUUCAAAUUUACGACGAUCUCUGUGCAACUCUAAGGUUGAUAUCCCCUCUUGUUUUGUUGCUUUGGUCCUCGAGAACUGCAAUCUUCCAUUUGAAAAUCAUGGACAUGUAGUUCUAGCUGAUCCUUCACCUAUUUUGUUCUAUCGUAUUAGUAGCACUGAGGUUCGCUGUUUAGUUGACGUGCCUGGCCAAAGAGUACCUGCAAUUUCCAAUGGUGAAAUGGCCCAAUAUUUGAAAAAAGCUGUGGCUCAACAGAUACCCUCUCAGUUACAUGCUGCUUUCAUACUUGCAAUUGAGAAGGGAAAUAUAAAAACAAUGCCAAACAGAAGCAUGCCAGCUUCUCCUUAUCCAACUCCAGGUGCAUUAUUGUUAGGGGAUGCAUUCAACAUGCGCCAUCCUUUAACAGGAGGAGGAAUGACUGUGGCGCUCUCUGAUAUAGUUCUAUUACGCAACCUUCUUAGGCCUCUACAUGAUCUGAACGAUGCAUUUGCCCUCUGUAAAUACCUCGAAUCCUUUUAUACCCUCAGAAAGCCAAUGGCAUCUACCAUAAAUACAUUAGCUGGUGCCCUUUACAAGGUUUUCUCAGUAUCAACUGAUAUAGCAAGGAAUGAAAUGCGCCAAGCAUGUUUUGACUAUUUGAGUCUUGGAGGUGUCUUUUCAAAUGGACCAAUAGCUUUACUCUCCGGACUAAAUCCUCGCCCAUUAAGUUUGGUCCUACACUUUUUCGCGGUGGCUAUCUAUGGUCUUAGUCGUUUAAUGCUUCCAUUUCCUUCACCUAAAAGCUUAUGGACUGGUGCUAGGCUGAUACAGGCUGCAUCAGGUAUCAUUUUUCCCAUAAUGAAGGCAGAAGGCGUUAGACAAAUGUUCUUUCCUCUGACUGUGACAGCAUAUUAUAGAGCUCCUCCCACUUAUUGACUCAUUUUUGCAAUUUCAGUAGUAUUAUUUAUGCCGUUCUCCAUCAGAAAAGAAGUGGAGAUCUAAUCUACAGACUCAAGUAAAAGACUUUCAGUAUCUUAUACACUGUACAGAAAUUUUCUAGGAACUUAUUCUUUGAUUAGAAACAAAUAUUUGUUUUACAAUGUAUUUUUGAAUUAAUCAAUUUUUUCAAAUGAGACGAACUGUUAAUCCA